AUGAAUGGGUAUAAGUUGUGGUACUCAGGCAGUGAGAGGCGUCGUGAUGGAGUGGACAUGUUAGUAGAUGAGGAGCUAAGAGGGCAGGUGGUGGAGGUUAAAAGGGUAAGUGAUAGGCCGAUGAUGAUUAAGUUGGUCAUUGGGGGUUUUACGCUGCAUGUGUAUAGUUUUUACGCGCCACAGGUAGGCUUGGUUGAGGAGGUGAAAGUGAGCUUUUGGGAGGCUUUGGACGAGGUGGUGAGAAUCGUGCCUAGCUUGGAGAAGCUUGUCAUAACAGGGGACUUCAGUGGGCAUAUUGUGGGUAUUUCGGGUGGUUAUGAUGAUGUGCAUGGAGGGUUUGGUUUCGGCGACAGAAAUGGUGAGGGGGUUGCUCUAUUAGAUUUUGCGAGGGCCUUUGGACUGGUGAUUGUCAAUUCGAACUUUUCGAAGAAGGAGGAUCACCUGAUUACUUUCCAAAGCACUUCAGCCAAGACUCAGAUUGACUUUCUACUGCUUAGAAAGGAGGAUAGGGCUAUGUGUAAGGAUUGUAAAGUCAUUCUAAGUGAGCAUAUUUCGACUCAGCACAGGCUUCUGGUGAUGGACUUUAUUAUCAAGAAGAACAAGAAGAGUAGGGCCGGAGAUGGUCGAUCUAAAAUUAAGUGGGGUGGCUUGACGCCUGUUAGUGCACUGGAGAUAGGGGAGAAGCUUUUAAAUGAGGAAGGGGACAGAGGCAUUGUGUUAGGAGAGUUGGAGCGCUCAAAGAAGAGCCGGGAUUUUAGUUACUGUAGAUGUUUUAAGGUUAAGGAGGUUAGAGAUGCUAUUCGUAGAAUAUGGAGGGGUAGGACGAUGGGGCCAGAUGAGAUUCCGGUGGAUUUUUAG